CUAUAAAAAUAAAAUAACAUUUAGAUUUAAUGAGUUCAAAAGAAGAAAGUGUUGGCAAAUUACCAGUGUUUGUGUUCCCUGAAACCUUAAACUUUUUUUCCGACAAUCAAUCAUCACACAAACAAGUUCUAACCCUUUAUAACCCAUAUGAAUUUGCAUUACAGUUUAAAGUAUUGUGCAAUAACCCAACAAAGUAUAAUGUUGUUGAAUCUGAAGGUAUUAUAAAACAGAAAUGCUGUGUUGAUAUAGUAGUUCGUGUAACAGAUAUACAAAAUAUAACUAAAAGAGAAGAUAAAUUCAGAAUCCAUUUGUAUCAAUAUGGAGUUGAAAAAUUGCUGGGCAAGAAAGACAUUGUGGCUCAAUGUACCGAGAGUAAAGAGUUUGUUAUGCAAUCAGUAAAGAGGUCUGGCUCUAGUAUGUACGAUAGCAGUGAACCAAUAGAAAGAAAUAGUAGAAGAGAAUCUGUUAUUGUUCAACGUUCACUUCCAAGCUUACCUGUCAUAAUAAUAAGUUUAGCAUCUAUCAUUGUCUUAAUGCUACCUACACAUGGUGAAAAGGUCAACAACAGUUUUAUUCCUGAUUAUCUAUUUAUGUCUUUCAAUCAAAAGCUUAUUGCUGCUUAUAUUUUAGGUCUUGUUACAAUGGCAGUGUUGAAAACAUGACUAACUUAAUCUAUCCUUCGUAUUUAUGGACACCGUUCUUAUUAGCGAUUUAAAUUUUAACUUAAUAAUAUCAUGGACGAUUUAAAAAAAAAAAAUUUUAAUCAAAAGCGGCAUACAAUACAAAAAAACAUUUUUAUUUAAACAAAAUAUUUACAGUAAAUUUUCAGGUUUUAAUUAUGACUUAAAUAUUACAAGUAAUCCGAAAUCAUA